UACUUAGGGAUGGCUGCCAUUCUCUCAUAAUCCCCUUCCCGCCGCUCGCUGUCACUCCUCCGACUCCCAUUUUCCCCCUUCCCCGCCGCUCGCUGCCACUCCUCCGCCUCCCGUUUUCAUUAUUCGUUACUCUUGCGAGGCAUUCGUGUUUCUCUGAUUCGUCUUCUCAAGAGGAAGCAGGUUUUCUUUCCCCUCGCGUUUUCACAGUCAUGUUGUUGCUUCGUCGGAUCAUUAUAGUCAGGCAGCCAUCAUCAGUCUUUGCUCACGGAUUUUCUGAAAGUCCGUUGAAAUCUCUCAGAUACUCAUCGACUUCUUCUGAGAUCGCAUCAUCUCCAAAAUCUGCAUCGCCGGAUUCUAAUUCUGUCAGGCCAGAGAACGAUGAGAAGCCUGUAAUCGUGCUCUUUGAGAAUCAUGGAUUCUCAAAAACACAGAUCUCUGAGCUUGUCAAGAAAUUCCCUCAAGUUCUUUCAGCGAACCCCGAAAAGACGCUAUUGCCAAAAUUGUUGUUCUUUCAAUCGAAAGGCCUUUCUUCCCCCGAGAUUGCCAAAUUAGUGUGUGGUUUUCCUUCGAUUUUAACGCGAAGUUUAGACAGAAAAAUCAUUCCAGCUUUUGAUUACAUUCAAGUGCUACUUCAAACUAAGGAGAAGGCUAUCGCAUCCAUAAAACGGUCUUUAGGUAUUCUCACUUGGGAUCUCCAAACUGUUCGUCCCAAUGUUGAAACUCUAAUACAAAUUGGAGUUCCUGAUUCCAACAUUGCAACCAUUCUUCAGUACCAACCACGAGUGUUCUUGGUAAACACCGUCCGAUUCAAGGAGAUUGUGGAGGACGUUAAGGAAAUGGGAUUCAACCCUCUGCGAUUGAAGUUUGUUCUUGCUGUUUUUGCUAUGCGAGCAAUGAGCAAAUGUACAUGGAGAAAAAAAGUUGAAGUUUACAAGAAAUGGGGAUGGCCUGAAGAAGAGAUUCUCGUCGCUUUUCGAAGGCAUCCAUGGUGCAUGAUGGCUUCGGAGGACAAGAUCAAUGGCAUAAUGGAUUUCUUUGUGAACAAGAUUGGAUGUGAAACUUCAUACGUUGCAAAGCGACCUGCUGUGAUUACACUUAGUUUAAAGAAGAGGAUUGUGCCAAGAGGCUUUGUUUAUCAAGUUUUGCUGUCAAAGGGUUUGAUUAAGAAAGAUGUGAAUCUUCCUAUGGUGUUCGAGUCUACUGAAAGCCGAUUCUUAGACAAAUUCAUCGACCCUCAUAAGGAGCUGAUUCCUGGAUUGUUGAAGUUGUAUAAAGAGAAAUUGGAGGAUGCUAAGAGAUAGCAGGUUCAAUCUCCUUCUCUAAAUGUUAAUAUUUACCUGUUUUGCUUGUUCAUAUGUCUAUUCAUAUCUAAAAUUGAUGUAUGUUCAAGAGCUUGUGCUGAAUUGGCUGCUAUUUAGAUUGUUAACUAAAUGAUGGUUUGAGCUGAAUUGACUAUAGCACGUUGUAA